AUGCUGGACAUCAUAGCAGACGAGACAUGGCUGCUGCCGAUUCUCCCAGAUGAGAUCGUGACCGAAAUCGCAGCCGUCAUCGACGAACCAGAAGACUUGGGCCACUUUCGUCGCGUCAACAAGCGCUUUAAUGCAGCCACGAAGUAUGUCCUGGGCAAGCGGAUCGCCAACGACUUCACGGUCUACCCAAGGCAUGCCAGCAUGAAGGCUCUGCUCACGGCAGUCCGAGACGAUGGAGUGGCGAAGUACAUACGCAACAUCACGCUACUGGCAGAGGGUCUGAAACAACAUGAGUACGGCUACAUCUGGGCUUGGGAGGACCUGCAGAUCUGGGCCGAACUCACAAUCACCGAGAACGACAUCAAGACAAUCCACGAAAUCAACGCCGCUCACGCCAACGACGUCAUUGAGAAUUGCGACUUCAUCAUCACAGGCCAUUAUCGAUCGAUGCUCACCACGCUACUACGGCUUCUUCCAAACCUUGCGACUAUCACUAUUCGUAAGCUUCAGCCCGGCGAGCAAAUUCCUGGCUGGUCUGGUACAAAGCUUUUCAAGGACCUUUCCUUCCACCACGAUCGUCUUGAUACGCGCAAGAUCCUCUACGGCGAUUGGCAGUAUGAUGUUACCCACCGCCGCAUCACUCAUUAUAGAGACGAGUUCGGUGACCUCAUCUGCGAGCCGGACGCUGGUCCUCAGGCCUCCUUCGUCGACGACUUGAAGGCUGCUAUGAGUACCAGUGGUACUAAGGCGAGGCCAGUUUGGCAUCCUGUGGUCUGA